CCGGUAUUUGAAAUCAUACGCCAACGAUUUUUUUGAGUUCUGUGAUUGUAAGUUUGGCUUGAAGUGAGCCACAAGCCCUAUUGACUUCUCCUGUCAAAAUGGCGGACGAUGAGCAACUUCCACCGGGUUGGAAAAAACAACUAAGCCGGUCCACCGGUCAGCACUACUACUUAAAUAUUUACACGAAAAAAUCCCAGUGGGACGUCCCGGACAAGCCCGCCGAAGCAGUACCGUCCAGUGGUCCCGACCAGGUCCAGUGCUCCCAUCUCUUAGUCAAACACAAGGAUUCGAGGCGACCGUCUUCCUGGAGGGAGGACCAUAUAACGCGUACCAAGGACGAGGCGUUAGAUUUACUAUUAACCUACCGGGAGCAGAUCGUACAGGGUAAAGCUUCGUUCGCCGAUCUCGCGCAGAAGUAUUCCGAUUGCUCUUCUGCACGACGUGGCGGCGAUUUGGGACCGUUCGGUAAAGGUGCCAUGCAAAAACCGUUCGAGGAGGCGUCGUUCGCUUUGAAAGUCGGAGAGAUUAGCGAUCCAGUUUUCACAGACUCCGGCGUGCAUGUUAUUUUACGUACAGUUUAAGUUUUUUUUUAUCGUAAUCUUCCAAUAAUGUAUUCAAGUCAUGAUAUUCUUUGUUUUUAAGUAAAGGCAUUGUUUAUGCAUU